AUGUUUCAUUCCCAACGCUUCAAACCCUUUUUUCUCUAUCUGAAGUCACUCUCAAGAACCCCUCUUCAAACCCCACAACCCAACAAUCUUUUCCCCUCGAUACUCUCUCUGAAACACUCCUCAAAUGCUUCACAGCAACAUUCUUUCACGGUUUCCUACCUCGUAAACGACCGCGGGUUCUCCCCAGAAACCGCUCUGAAGGCUUCCAAAUUCAUUCAAUUCGAAACCUCGGAAAAGCCCGACUCAGUCAUCGCCUUCUUCAGAGACAACGGAUUCAGCAACACCCAGAUAAACAGCAUCGUCAGAACAGCACCCAAUGUUCUCACUUGCGACCCCCACAAAAGGGUUUUUCCAAAGUUCGAGUUUUUACUCUCCAAAGGGGCCUCACGCUCUGACAUUGUGGAACUGGUGAGUAGGAGCCCCAGAAUCCUUUACUGCAGCCUCGAGAAUAACAUUGUCCCUUCGUAUGAACUGAUGAGGAAGUUUUUUCAAACUGAUAAGGAAACGAUGGAUUGCAUACGCUCUUGUAGUCAUUUCUUUGGUACUGAUCGUGUGGUGAAGAAUGUGAAACUUUUGGUUGAUGAUGGAGUCACUGAUCGUGUACUAGCCUUUUUGUUACGCAGGAGAAUUUCUAUAAUCUUGUGUUCUUCCUUGAAGAGGACUUUGGAUGAGGUUAAGGAAAUGGGGUUUGAUCCUUCCAAGUUGAGCUUUGCCAUCGCGCUGCUGGCGAAAACGACCAUUCCGAAAUCGCGAUGGGAGAGGAAAGUUGAUGCCUUUAAGAGAUGGGGUUGGUCUGAAGAAUUGGUUCUUAGAGUGUUUAGGAGGCAACCCCUCGUAAUGUUGGUGUCCCAAGAUAAGAUUGAUAGGAUUAUGAGAUUUUGGGUUAAGCAAUUAGGUUGGGACUAUUUGGCUCUUACCAAGAAGCCAGAGAUUUUUGGAUUUAGUUUGGAGAGAAGAAUCAUUCCAAGGGCACAUGUUGUCCAGUAUUUACUCAAGAAAGGUUUGAGGAGUAAGAGUGCCAGCUUGAUUACGCCAUUUUCUGUUUCUGAUAAGGUAUUUAUUGAAAACUAUGUGAUGCGUUUUAAGGAGGAGACAAGUGAACUAUCAAAGCUGUACCAAUUCAAAGACUAA